AUGAAGUGGCCCUCAAAGGGCUCUAUCAAGCCAUUCUUUGGCUUUCUGCAUCUCCUUUUCUACGCAGACCCGACAUGGCUUGACAAGCUGCUCAUUGGCGUGGGCGCCAUAGCAGCUAUUGCAGCUGGUGUACCAUUCCCGCUCAUCGGUAUCGUUUUCGGCCAGCUGGUCGAUGAGAUCAAUACCGCGACAUGCAACAACCGUUCUGGUGCUUCUAACACUGGAGAAGAGGCUUCCAUCACUCCUAAGCUGCUCCUACUUGUAUACAUCGCCAUUGCUACCUUAUUCUGCAUGUACAUCCACUUGGUCUGCUGGAGUUUGUCUUCACAAAGGUUGGCCAAGCGAGUCCGGGACCGGUAUUUGAAGAAUCUACUCCGUCAAGACGUAGCCUUCUUCGACACACUCCAGGCUGGUGAGGUGUCGUCGCGUCUCAACGGCGAUAUCCAAGCAAUAGAGAGCGGCACGAAUGAAAAGGUUGGCGUCACGCUCACCUGUAUCUCAUUCUGCGUCACUGCCUACAUCGUCGGAUUUAUCAAAGACGCCGAACUUGCUGGUAUACUGGUCUGCCUCAUCCCCGCAUUCCUCCUCAUGGCAACAGUCGGAGGCCAUUUCGUUUCCAAAUACACCUCGAAGCUAUCAACCUGCUUCGGAUCGGCUAGCGCUAUUGCUUCCGAAGCGCUCUCCAAUGUCGGUCUGGUGCACGCUUUGGGAGCCAACGCACGCUUAGAGGAGCAGUUUAGAGAUCAUUUGGAGGGAGCUCGAACCCAGGGUAUCAAGAAAGCCACAGCCGCAGCCAUACAGGCUGGAUUGCUCAUAUUCAUCGCGUUCUCUGCAAGUGCCUUAGGUUACUGGCAAGGUAGCGGCAAAGUCGCCGACGCGGUCGAGGGAAAAGGCAAUGCGACAAUUGGCCAAAUCUACACAGUCACGUUCAUCUUGUUAGACGGUGCUGUCGUAUUAAGCCAAGUCGCGCCCAUGCUGCCGUUGUUUGGUGGUGCGUUGGCUGCUUUCGAGCGGCUGCGGAAAGACAUCGAAACACAACCAACUAUUGAUAGCAGCUCUGCGACUCGGCAGCAAUUGCUAAAAGUGGAAGGGGGUGUUGAGCUCCGCGAUGUCGCCUUCACAUAUCCGUCGAGACCUGAUCACCCUGUACUAAACAAUGUAUCGCUAACCUGCGAGGCUGGACGUCUAACCGCAAUCGUGGGCUUGUCUGGAAGUGGUAAAUCCACUAUCGCCAGUUUGAUCACCCGAUUGUAUGAUCCAACAAAAGGCGAAAUCCUGCUCGAUGGCAAGAAUGUCAAGGAUGUAAACGUUACAUCUCUCCGAGGUCAUAUCAGCCUAGUUCAGCAGGAACCGUCCCUCCUGGACCGUUCAAUUUUGGAGAACAUCGCCCUCGGUCUUGUUAACUCGCCAGCUCACGCACAUUUGAGCGGCGUGAUGCUAAGUAACACCUUGGCGGACCUGACCUCAGCGAUCAGAGGCGGCAAGACAUUCGGUGGCGGUCAGAAACAACGUAUCGCGCUCGCACGGGCACUUGUCCGGGACCCUCGUAUCCUGAUAUUGGACGAAGCCACUGCAGCCCUGGAUUCAGCCAGCGAACAGCGCAUCCAAGCCGCGAUAGAUCGAGCUUCAGAAGGCCGAACAGUGAUCUCGAUCGCCCACCGUUUGUCGACUAUUCGGCACGCUUCCAAGAUAGUGGUCAUGAGGAAGGGCGAUAUUAUCGAGCAGGGUACACACGACGAUCUCAUUAGUCUCGAUGGAUCCUACGCAGACAUGAUCAAGCUCCAAACUGUCAAAACAACAGAUGACACGGCGUCUAAUACAUCCAGGACGAGUGCCGACACGAACAGUAUCAGUGACGAGAAGCAACAAAUGGGUUCGGGUGAAGCGGAUACUACUGUAAGCAAAGUCAUCGACCCAUCUGCUUCACAUUCAGGAGGCGCCAUCGUGUCUGGAUCAGUUUUCAAGACCAUGGCUCCUUUGGUCCGGCCCUACUCAUUGCUCCUCGCUCUAGCCUUCUUUGCUGCUCUUAUUGUAGGCGGACAGUACUCUGCGUCCGGUGCUCUCUUCGGAAAUAUUAUGGGCACCAUGUCGCCCUGUAACUCGCCUGAGUACAUUCGCUCGCGAGGAGAACUACUCGCAGCGCUGUUUUUCAUGGUUGCAUGUAUCGAAUUCUUUGGCAAUUUUGGCAGUUGGGCCUUCUUCGGAUUAGUCUCAGAGCGCCUUAUCUACAAAGUCCGAAAUAUCUCGCUACACGCGCUGUUGCAGCAGCCAUUACAAUGGCACGAGUCCGAGGGGAGGAGCCCUUCCAUGCUACUGGAAUAUAUUACGAAGGACGGAAAUUCGCUGGCAGGGUUCAGUGGUUCUAUUAUUGGACAAUUUGCUAUUAAGCACGCGGGCGCCUUCUCAUCUUCAAUCGGUGUCACAAUAGAGGCUGUAAACAAUAUCCGGACCGUGCACGCUUUAUCCAUCGAAGAUGAGAUCCUCCAAACUUACCGUCGGUCCCUUGAAGGUCCUCAUAAGGAGAUGGUUAAGCAAAGUUUGAAGACGAACGUUUGGCUAGCGAUAGCCAACUCAUGCGGUACCUUCUUUUACGCUUUCGCUUACUGGUGGGGCUCAAAGAAUAUCAUUGAAGGAAGAUUCAGCCAAACGUCCUUCUUCAUUAUUCUGAUUGCGCUGUUGGUCUCAGCACAACUCUGGGGCCAAUUUUUCACUCUAGCGCCGGAAAUAUCAAAGGCCAAGGGCGCUAUAUCACGUAUCUGCGGCCUAGUCGACCUAGGAAGACGAUCCGACAAAGCAUCUGGGAUAUCUUCGCCGCGCUACGACGAUGGCGAAAAGCAAGUCGACAUCGAAUCUUCUGCAAACACGGCGCUGUAUCAACCUGCACAAGGUGGUGCCAGAGUCGUAUUUCGAGAUGUCGAGUUUUCAUACCCAGCGCGGCCUGGGAUCCCCGUGCUUUCAUCACUGUCGCUCUCAAUUCAACCCGGCCAGUUCUGCGCGUUGGUUGGCCCGUCCGGUGCGGGCAAAAGUACAGUGCUGGCCUUGUUAGAAAGGUUCUAUACGCCAACAUUUGGCAGCAUCUCAAUUAAUGGGUUUGACAUUGGGCGCCAUACAGAUGUCUCGUUCAGGGAUGACAUUGCGUAUGUACCACAGGACAACGUGUUGUUCCAAGGCACCAUCAAAUUUAACCUGUCGCUUGGCGCUCGACCAGACCACAUUCCUUCGGACGAAGAGAUCCAAGAAGCUUGUAAGUUGGCAAACAUACACGAGGCUAUCAUGGAAUUGCCGGAAGGCUACGACACACAAUGCGGUGCCAAUGGCUCUCAAUUGUCUGGCGGACAAAGACAACGCUUGUCUAUCGCUCGCGCACUUGUACGCAAGCCGAAAUUACUGCUACUAGAUGAAAGCACUAGUGCUUUGGAUGCCGAGAGUGAGAAAGCCCUAGAACUGGGAUUGGAGCGGGCAGUCAAAGACCAUGGUGUCACCGUCAUUGCCAUUGCUCAUCGUCUCAGGACGAUUGCGCGCGCUGACAUAAUCUUCCUGGUCGAAGGAGGCCGAGUGAUUGAUCAAGGAAGACAUGAAGAACUUGUCCAGCGCAGCGAGAGCUACCGUGUUAACGCCUUGCACCAGAUGCUGGGAUGAAAUCAAACGAAAGGGUUCGAUUCAAAAUGAUAGCAACUACACCAAUUCUACGGCUUUCGGU